AUGUUUACAUAUAUUCUAUUUUUAGGACUUACAAUAAAAUAAUCUUAUACUCAAUAGGUUUAUGAUUAAUAUCCAUAAAUAUCGUUCCUUGCAAAUUAAAAUUUCAAACAUAAGGAUUUAUAUGGUACUAAUUAUGAGGAAGAAGAAAGUCCUGGUAGUAAUGUAUUUUUUACUUUUCACUAAUAUGCUAACUUUAUAACUUGGGCAAUUUUGGUUGAUUUAGGUAUUAUUGCUAAUAGAUAUGGAAUACUUGUAUAAUAUAAAAUGGAAGUCCAUGCGAUAAUUAUGAUCUUAGUAAUUAUUCCUUCAGUUGUAGCUGAAUUUUUUAUGAUCUUUGGAGAGGGAGAUCCUUAAUUAUUUGGUUAGGAAAAUUUAGAAGACAUACAUGGUUUAUUAGGUUUUAUUUUUUUGGGUUUGAUGAUAUUUUAAGCUAUUGGAGGGAUAGUAUUAAAAUUCUGUAUAUAAUCGAUUAAUAUAUAGAGUCAUUUAAAAAUAUAAUCACUUUUACAUAUUUAUUUAGGAUAUAUAAUUUAUUUAUUAGGAAAGAUAUAGUUAGGUUUUGGAUAUUAUUUGUCUUUUUCAAAUGUAGUUAAUGAAGGAUAAGGUAAUUUAAUUUCAUUUUGGUGUGUAUAUGCAUUUAUGUUUUUUUGGAGAAUAAUCUUUGAAUAUCUUUAUUAAAAUGGAAAAUUUUAUUAAUUCUUCAACAAAAAAGAAGAAAGAUCAAGAUAGCAAUCAGGAACACUUUCGAAUUCAUUAAUGAUUUAAUACAUAGAGCAAAAUGGUAUGAUAUAUCUUAUAAUAUAGAAUAAUCUCAACUUUAAGAAGAUUUUAAAAGUAGGCUAUGGGUUAUGUUCAAUAAUGAAAUUAUAGAUUUAACAGAAUUUGUACAUCCAGGUGGUUAAUAUAUAUGGAAUAAAAUAAAAGGGAGAGAAGUGUCUCGAUUUAUUUUUGGAGGUUGUGGUUUAGAAGAUGAAACUGCGAAAUAAUAUGAACAUUCUAAAAAUGCAUUAGUAUUAUUAUAAAACCGUGUAAUUGGAUAAUUAAAUAGAAUUACUGUAACUAUUCCAAAUGAUGAAGGAUCAACAACUAAUAUUACAUCUUGGAAGUUAGAUACAAUUACAAAAUUAAAUGAUAAAAUAAGUUAUUUUGGAUUCUCGAAUUCUUAGUAUAGAAUAAUAUCUUAAUUUACUUAAAUUCAUUCAUUUGGAAAGUAUUUUCAGAUUAAAUCACUUGAAUCGAAAACUGUUCCAAUAAGAUAAUAUACAUGUAUUUUAUCUAUGGCCCCAGAAAAUGUAGAAUAUAGAAUUUAACUUGUCACUUAUAUUGAAUCUAUUGUUAAAACUAAUUAAUAAAGUAAUGCUCCUUUAUAACCCAAAUAUUUGAAAGAACUUCCUAUGAUUAUUAAAUGUUAUGAAUCUUAAAAGGGUUUCUCUAAAUAUAUUCAUAAGCAUAAAAAUGAAAUGUAUGAUAUAUAGGGACCAUUUGGACCUUCUCAUGGUAUACCAAAUAAAGGUAAAAUUGUAAUUAUUUGUGGAGGAACUGGGAUUUUUCCAUUUUUAGAUCUUUUAGAUUUCCUACUUAAAAGCAUUAUUUAUUAAAUAACCUUGAAUAAAUUUGGCAAAUAAUUAGCAGAUAGUUUAAAUUCUUAUGAUUGUUCAUUUAACACUGAUGUACAUAUAACUCUUUUUAUGGCAGUGGCUAAUAAAUCAGAAUUAAUUGGAUCAGAUAUUCUAUUUCCUAUAAUAUAAUUAUAAAAACAUUUACAAAAAGAAGUCUUAAGAUUGAUUAUCAAAAUUAAAGAGAAAAUUGAAGGCAUUGAGACUAUUGAGGAAAGAUUUAGCAAAGAAAUGUUUAAUAGAUAUUUAGCCAAAAACUUAGAUUAUCAAAGAUAUUUAAUUUGUGGACCUCCUUAAAUUUAAGCAUCAGUUCCAAUUAUUCUUAGAGAAAUGGGUGUAUAAGAUAAUUUCAUUCAUUUCAUCUGA